AUGUCACAUCAAGCCUGGACCAUCGCUGACUUACCACACCGUCAUUGGAAAUUAAAAUAUUUACCUGACGAAUUUCGUGCUUGCGAUAUAAAAGAUGAAAACCAUCCAUAUUACAGUUUAUUACAAACUUUCGACCAACUAAGGGACUUACGUUAUUAUACCGAUGACAUUCCCAUGUUGGUCAGCUUGGAACCGAAGCUAAAACAGAUCGGCAAGAUCAUUGAUAAAUUGAUCGACUUACCUGGUCCUCAUGCUAAAGGAAUCUUUGAUUUUACAGCCCUUUCGGCUUAUGUUCAUACCAUUAACGAUCUAUGGUCUAAAAGAAAUCAAAUGUUCAUGACUCCAAUAUGGAGGCAGCCUUUAGGUUACGAAAUGAGUCAUUAUACUGAAAGCUUAGUCUAUGAUCCUGAAUUAUACACCCAACUUACUAAUAUUAGCCUUAUAUUUGACUGGUGGCUGGGGAAACCUCAAUUCGAUUUUUGGAUUGGCAUAAUUGACCUAAAUUUUGACAUUUAUCCAACUCAGUUGGAGGCUUACGUUAAUUGGUGUAAGUUUUUAUACAAUCUAGAUUAUCACUUAUAUUAUAUCCUUGUUUCACAAAUUGCCUAA